CACGGACGUCUUCGAGUCACGGACCGGAAGUGAAAGUCGGAGAGUCCGAGAGUUGACAGCUACAGUUGUGCGUAUGUCUGUUUAUACUAUUUGAAUAAAGACCCAGUGAGCAAGGGAAAUGCUCGUCCGUCCAGUUUGUUGAGUCAGGAGACAGAACGAACUGAAACAGCUGCUAUAGUUGACUGCGUUUUGACCUAAAUCCCGAAACGUGUCUGACCAGUAUUGAUAUAAGGCUGGACCGAGCUUGUAUUCGGGAUGUGCUCCGUCGUCGGAUGUGAUUCGUGGCGUCGCAGCGCGCAGAGAUUCACGUUACCGGAGGACCCAGAGAAGCGGCUGGAGUGGGUUCAGUUUGUUCUUGAAGUUAACGGACAGCGACUAAAAGAGUCGUCGUGGACGGACAUCUCUGUCUGUGGGGAACACUUUACACACGACUGCUUAGAGUACAAGGCGACGAGUGGUGACGUGCAGCUGAAACCAGGUGCUGUCCCGUCACUGUGCAUCAAGUCAGAUCCAGAAGAUGCUGUUGACAUCUUUCCACAGUGCGCGUGGCUAAGUGUAUCUGUCUGUCUGCGACCACGAUCAGAACGUCGUAAAGAAAAGGAUCGCCAGAGGAAAAGAAAGGCUUUGGAGAACGAAACACCAGAACAAGCGGAGCUGCGAAAGAUAAAGAACAGAGAGAGAAUGGCAGAGAGGAGGAAACAAGAAACAGAAAAGCAACGAUAUGAACGGUUAUCCCAUAACAGGAGUAAAGUUGCAGAAACUCGUGCAAAAGAGACACCAGAUGCACGUGCUGCCAGGUUAUCCAAGGAUAGGAGUAAAACUGCAGAAGCUCGUGCAAAAGAGACACCAGGUGCACGUGCUGCCAGGUUAUCCAAGAACAGGAGUAAAACUGCAGAAUCUCGUGCAAAGGAGACACCAGAUGCACGUUCUGCCAGGUUAUCCAAGGACAGGAGUAAAACUGCAGAAACUCGUGCAAAAGAGACACCAGAUGAUGCAGCUAUACGGUUGUCAGCAAACCAACGUCGAACUGCCAAAACUUGCACUGCAGAGACACCUGAACAACGAAGCACAAGAUUGUCAAGAGACACAAUGACAAAAUUAAAAACAGCAAAUGCACUUACCACUGAAGAUGCAUCUAGAGCUUUCAGUGAGCGAAUUAAGGAAGGGCCAACAUGUGUCUGCUGUGUCUGUCAUCGGCUUAUGUACAGGAAGACUGUUGUACGUUUUAAUCAGGAUAAAUACAACAAAUUCUCAAAGGAUGUCACCACUGAAUUGACCAACCAUUUGUCUACUGACUGCACUUGGAUCUGCAAUACUUGUGACUCUACAAUGAAGACAGGACAGAUGCCUGCACAGGCGAAGGCCAAUGGACUUCAUCUCAGUGACAUACCAGAGGAACUAAGUGACCUGCGACCGCUAGAGUGGCAAGACGGUGAUCAUGAUCUCUGGCAAGUGAUCAACCAAUCUCCAUGUGCAAGAACUGAUGAAGUUUCUACUGUUACAGUUCCCCAGGCAGCCAGAACAGACAUCUAUAGUAUAGCGAAAAGAUAUGGAUAUGACGUCGAAGAUGUGCCUUCAGAUGGUAAUUGUUUCUUCAAUGCAAUACAUGUUACCUGUGCCCGAUCCAACAUAGACUGUGUAUCGCCAGAUGAGCUGAGACAAGCGUUGGUGCGGUUUCUCAGGACAUCUAAUGAUGUGGACCGAUAUCAGCAGUUCAUCCCAGACCCAAUAGCAAGUCAUGAGGCAAUAGUUGCUGGCUACGAUGUGGACAUGCCAGAGGACAUUGACUUUGCGAUUGCAUGUAUCCCUGACGUAGUUGAUCGCCAAAUUGAAACGUGGAACCGAUAUGUGAAUCUACUGGAGAAGGGUGCCUGGGCAGAUAAUGUGACAGUUCAAGCAUUGUCGGACAUGAUGGACAUGGAGAUUCACAUCGUAACAACUAUCAAUCCGGAUGCCAUGACGAUUGUUAAACCACCAGAUGACAGUCCUUCUCGUCGAGUAGUCACCAUUGGUUUGAUUGAUCAAUGUCAUUAUGUGGCGCUUCGUCAGACCACACCAAACAUAACACUGACGGAAGCAAAUCAAAGUACCAGUAAACCGGCACAAGUGGAUCAAAGUUCACCAGCACAAACAGAUCAAAGUACUGUGCCACUAAUGAGCAAACAAGAAAGAGAAGAUGCAGAGGAUGACCGUGCAUUUGAGAGAUGGCAGACUUCACCCCAUUCAGGCAACAAGCCUCUGGCGAACUCUGCUGGUCAAAUUGGCAAAUGUGGAAACACAAACAAAGAAACAAACAGACAAACUCACGGGUUGGUUGUCUUUAACCAGCAGUGCCAUCAGUGUGUGCACAGACACCACAGGAAAAGCCAGGUCAGUACCAGUGCACCACCUGCUGAAUGCCAUCACCUGAUAGGAGGCACAGAGGUCAUUCCAGAGGCCGGACCAACAGAAGACUCAGGUUUACUUGUGUUUCAUGUUGGCGUUAAUGAGGUGACUGACUCUAUCAACAAAACAGAGGGAUCAAGUGAUGAGACUGGAUAUAGAGAGGAAGACAAGUGUGCCUCAAAUGGUCAGUGAUAAGGAAACUGCUGACAAUGAGGAUGAUGACCAUUUCUCCCUCACUGCCAACAUUGCUGCAACAGCUCCAUCUUUCAGAUACAUGUU